GACACUGUUUCCGGCUCGCUGCAGUCCCACGCGCUCGGCGGGAGGCGCUGAAGUACACACGCUCACUUUCUUCUUUCACUUUCAGCUGAUAUUUUAUGAAUAUAGUUGAUAAAAGGUGGUUUGUAGUCUGCAGUGAUCAUGCCGUCCGGUCUGGGCUCCAGCAGUCCGGCCGCCGUUCUUCAGGAGGCUUUGGAAAACUCCAGCCGCUUGGUUGACCGGCAUCUGCAGGAGGAUCGCUGUGUCCCGGACCUGUCCGAGCUCCUCAAUGUCCCGUCACACAGUAUUUUUCAGCCUCACAUCCACUUCCUGUUAGUGUUGGCCACACCGGUGGAUGUCGUGAUCCUGGGCUUGAGCUUCCCGAAAGCCCACACAGGUCUGAAUGACAGCAUGUCAGGAGCCAUGCAGCUGUUGCCAGAUCCUCUCUACUCCAUCCCCACGGAUAACACCUACCUCCUAGCCAUCACCUCCACGGAUGUGGGCCGCGUCUUCAUGGCGGGGAAAGACGGCUGUCUGUACGAGAUCGCCUAUCAGGCUGAAGCGGGCUGGUUCAGUCAGCGCUGCAGGAAGAUCAACCACUCCAAGAGCAGCCUGUCCUUCCUCAUCCCUUCACUGCUGCAGUUCUCCUUCUCCGAGGACGGUAUUUUUCAGCCUCACAUCCACUUCCUGUUAGUGUUGGCCACACCGGUGGAUGUCGUGAUCCUGGGCUUGAGCUUCCCGAAAGCCCACACAGGUCUGAAUGACAGCAUGUCAGGAGCCAUGCAGCUGUUGCCAGAUCCUCUCUACUCCAUCCCCACGGAUAACACCUACCUCCUAGCCAUCACCUCCACGGAUGUGGGCCGCGUCUUCAUGGCGGGGAAAGACGGCUGUCUGUACGAGAUCGCCUAUCAGGCUGAAGCGGGCUGGUUCAGUCAGCGCUGCAGGAAGAUCAACCACUCCAAGAGCAGCCUGUCCUUCCUCAUCCCUUCACUGCUGCAGUUCUCCUUCUCCGAGGACGAUUCCGUUGUCCAAAUUGCUGUUGAUAAUUCAAGGAACAUUUUAUACACUCGUUCGGAGAAGGGUGUCUUGCAGGUGUAUGAUCUCGGCGCUGAUGGGCAGGGAAUGAGUCGAGUCGCAGCCAUGUCUCAGAGCUCCAUCAUCUCAGCGGCUGGAAACAUCGCCAGGACGAUCGACCGCUCCGUGUUCAAACCCAUCGUUCAGAUCGCAGUUAUUGAUCGCUCGGAGUCGUCAGACUGCCAGCUGUUGGCCGUCACUCAUGCUGGUGUGCGUCUCUACUUCAGCACCAUCCCUUUUGCUCCUCCAAACGCUAAAUUUUGUCUCUUUCUCCAGAUGACGGUGAAUGUGGACGGUCACUCGUGGGCUCUGUGUUCAAUCGAGGAAACCGAAUCUCCCAGAAUCCUCACUCCUCUCAAUAAAGAUCUCAUUCCAGUCACUGACACUCCUCUGGUCGUUCAGCAGCACAGCGUCCCACCGCAGAAGUUUGUUCUCCUGUCCGCUCAGAGAAGGAACAUCUGGGAUGGGAGUCUUUCGGCGGAGACCAUCUUAACCAAAGGCAGUCAGACUGUGACUAUUCGUUUCAGCUCGCCGGCGAACCUACAGCAAAGGCUUCUGGGAUUCAUGCGGCCCGAUGGUUCCAGCUCUCAGCAAGUGCAGCAGGAGCUCCAGAGGAAGUACCACACGGAGGCUCAAGCGUAUGAGAAAGCAUCUCUUCAGGCCAUGCAGCAGUUGAUCCAUCGCUCCUAUCAGACGCUGGCGCUCUGGAAGCUCCUGUGUGACCAUCAGUUCAGCCUCAUCGUCUCUGAGAUGCCCAAAGAGUUUCAGGACCAGAUUAAGGCGGUGAGUUUUAAAGAUGUGGUUGUUUCUGGACUCGAGCUGAGUGGCGCUCUCAUCACCGCCAUCAUUAACGUGUACAUCAAAGACAGCGCGUGUGUAGACACCGUCAGCGCUCACCUGAGAGACAUCUGCCCUCUGCUGUACAGCAGCGACGACAGCAUCUGCUCCAAGGCCAAUGAGCUUCUGCAGGGCUCCAGACAGAUCCAGAGCAAGCUGGAGAAGGAGCGAACGCUGAAGGAGUCCCUGCGCCUCUAUCAGCAGAUCAGUCACCACACAGACCUGCCCCUCGUCUGCUCGCAGUACCGGCAAGUGCGCUUCUAUGAGGGAGUGCUGGAGCUGUGUCUCACAGCCGCUGAUAAGAAAGACCCUCAGAAGCUGGGGCUGCACUUCUACAGGAACGGAGAGCCGGAGGAGGACUCCAGCGGCCUGCAGGCCUUCCAGCAGCGGCUCUGCUGUUAUAAAUGCAUCACGGACACCAUGCAGGAGCUGGUGAACCAGAGUAAAGCGGCCCCUCAGUCUCCCAGCGUCCCUAAACAACCCGGACCCCCCGUCAUGACCUCUGACCCCAACAUGCUGAGCAAUGAGGACUCUGCCGCUCAUUUUGAGCAGAUGCUGGGUCUCGCUCAGAGAUCUCAAGACGAGCUCUUCCACAUCGCGCUCUAUAACUGUCUCAUUCAGGCCGAUCUCACCGACAAACUCCUGGAGGUGAACUCGCUCUACCUCGAGGAUCAUCUGAUGCACAUGAUCAAACAGGACCAGAGUAAAGUGCGUAACAUGGAUCUUCUGUGGCGAUACUACGAGAAGAACAGAAGCUUUGGCAAAGCGGCACACGUUCUGGCGCGGCUAGCAGACAUGCACAGCACGGAGAUCUCUCUGAAGCAGCGUCUGGAGUACAUCUCCAGAGCCAUCCUCUCUGCCAAGAGCUCGUCCUGCGUCUCUUCACUGGGAGCCGACGGAGAGUUUCUGCAUGAACUGGAGGAAAAGAUGGAGGUGGUGCGCAUUCAGGUGCAGAUCCAGGAAUCCCUGCGCAGACAGUAUUCCCAGCAUCCUUCGGUGCAGGGAGCCAUUACACAGAUGGACUCCGAGCUCAUGGACAUUACCAAGCUGUACGGUGAGUUUGCGGAUCAUUUCCGGCUGUCGGAGUGUAAGCUGGCCAUCAUUCACUGCGCGGGGCAUUCGGACCCCAUCCUGGUGCACUCGCUGUGGCAGGAGAUCGUGGAGAAGGAGCUGAGCGACAGUGUGGCCAUGAGCCCCGCGGACCGCAUGAGAGCUCUGAGCCUGAAGCUCGUGUCGCUGGGGAAGUUAUACGCCGGAACACCUCGAUACUUCCCAUUAGACUUCCUGGUGAAGUUUCUGGAGCAGGAGGUGUGCCGGUUGCACUGGGACGUGGGUUUCGUCACCUUCACCAUGCAGGAGAUUGGAGUUCAGCUUCCACGACUGCUGGAGGUUUACGACCAGCUCUUCAAGACACGGGACCCGUGUUGGCAGCGCGUGAAGAAGCCGCUGCACCUGGUGGAGUGCAUCCAUGUGCUUCUGUCAGGAUAUGUGAACGAUCCCAGCCGUGUGCCCACCUAUGACAGACGGAGGUUUACCAACGCUUGUCUGGAUAACAUCUGCGGUUAUCUGGUGGAGCUGCAGUCCUUGAGUCCAAACGCGGCCCUGCAGGACAUUAUACACAACUUUAAAUGCCUUCAGACCAAACUGGAGAAGCUCCAUUGAUGACCGUGAAGUGUUUUGCUCUUGAUGUCAGACGUCCUGAUACUCCAGCAGCCUGACGCCUCUCAUCGCAGCGGGACUUCAGUCUUUAUAUUCACUGAAGAUUUAUAAUGUUCACUCAUCCAGCCCAACAGACGGCCGAAAUGAACACCUCAGAUAUGCGUGCUUUGGUUUGCAUACGUUUUUGUGGUCAUCAGCAGAUAUGAAGGUGUGGAAUACAUGACUUCAGUUUCUUAUUCAGUUAUUAAUUGCUCAUUUUGUGUCUGAAUGUGUUCAUAAACUGUCCGAGGAGGCACUUAUUCUAGAUAUUUUCUCCUGCUGAAACACUAUCCGUGGUUGGUAACUUCCCCCGUGGAUGCGGUUUUUGACGUUUCUGUAUUGAGGUGUGGUUGUGGAUGGAUGGGAUGAAAGGAAACAACAUGCUCUCGUGUGUUUUGUGCUAGUCGUCAGGUUCAGCAAGAGACACUUUUAUGGAAAACACGUUUUUAUGAAAGCCUGAAACUUUCGGCCACCUUCUAGUUUUGUGUAAUGUGUAUUGCAAAUGAUUUGAAAAUAAUAAAGACCAAGAGUUUUGUU